UUCCGGUUGCGUUCCAAAAUCUUUGUCUCCUCCGGUUACAGAGCUCCGCCGGAGGUAUGGUUUACCGAGUAUAAGCAGACAGUGUUCUGAGGAGGUAUUGGACCGUACCCUCAACCAGAACUGGAAUUACAGAAACCCCGAGGCUUAGAGCGGAGAUGUCCACAGGCCUGAAAAUACCGGGUGCUGAUGGUUACCCAGGUAACAGGGUCUGGGGGCACAAUUGACCAUACAGGAUGGUGUUGUGAAAUACAAUCCACCAGCAUGGUGAUAACAGAGCAUGUAGCAGCCAAACUGUAGAAAAUGUCAGAGGACGGACUGUUGGUGGCAUCUGACUGGACAGGACAGUCAUGUGAAGAGCUGGUACUCCAUUCAUCACUGGGUGCCCAGAGCCAAAUGGAAGAUGCCAUGGAAGAAAAUCCUCUGGCUGAGGACACAGUCCAGCUGCAGUCCAUCUAUCUGCAGGGCAGAGACCUGUCCCAGAUGGACGGUGCGCAUGUGAAUACAGCCGAUCAGCCGCUAUUUGGGUCUUAUGAUGGGGAAUGUAGUGGUGAUACUGAUAAAUCACCUGCGCCCAUUGCCAGUUUCUUGGCGCAAGAGAUCGGUCAACCCCAUGGUGAUUCAGCUGUGCCAGGCUGUCCCAGGAUAUCUCUGACUGAGCCCCAAGUCCUCAUCACAGAUCAAGUCAUCACACAAAAUGAGAACUGUCACCAAGCCAAGAAGGAUGCCCUUACCUGCCCCAUCUGUCCUAAUUACUUCAAGACGCCAAGUGAACUAAAGGAACAUUUUAGGAGUCACCCACCUCCCCCGCAAGACUUCAGGUGCUGGCAAAGCGACUGCCCCUUCUUAGCUCCGGACUUGAAAAGGUUCCAGUCUCACCUGCGGAGGGAGCAUAGGCUGACUCCAGUGUCUUGUUCUCACCGCACCUGCCGUCUUCUGUUCCCCAGCCGCCAGGAGAUGUCUCAGCACUUUCGGAGCCAUUUUCCCUUUCACUGUAACCUGUGUGACUUUGUCAGCUCCAAUUCUAAAAUUUUCUCCCAGCACAGGAAAUCUCACAUUAGUCCCGAGCAGCCAUAUUUUACCCUAGAGGAAUCUUUACCCAUGCCGCCUUCAGAAACUCCUACUGACCAUCCGCCUGAGGGACACUUUCUUGGGAACGUUUCUCUGUCUGAUGUCGCCAAUCACAACCCAGUAUCUGUGCUCAGAUGCCGAAAGCGCAGGAAAAUGUCUCAGAAAGGAGAAACGGAGACUCCAGAGAGGAACAGCAACGAGGAAAAUGAGAGUAACGGCGCUGAAAAGACUAAAGAUACAGAACAUCCAGGAGGGAUAGAGAAUGGCAAGGAGCAUCUGUAUAAAACCCACAUGUGUCCGGAAUGCAAGCGUUGCUUUAAGAAAAGGACUCACUUAGCCGACCACCUCCACCUUCACUUCCCUGAUCCGAACCUCCAAUGCCCAAACUGCCGCAAGUUCUUCACCAGCCGCAAUAAGCUGAAGAUCCACAUGAUGAGGGAGGCCGGAGAGAAGGUCCACAGCUGCCCUCUGUGUGACUACAGCGCCGUAGAGAAGAACGCCCUCAAUCGUCACAUGGCGAGCAUCCACGAAGGCAUAUCCAACUUCUACUCCGACACCUACUCGUGUCCUGUGUGUCAGGAAACCUUCAACCUGAGCCAGGCUCUGAAGGAUCACAUGAAGGGACACAAAACGGAGCAGAAGAUGCGAUGCUUUCAGCAAGGGUGCGACCAGGCCCUGUCAGAUCGCAAAGACUUCCUGCGUCACCUGAAGGAGUCUCACGGCAUCCAGGCGGUCGAGUGCCGCUACCACGCCUGCUCCUUACUCUUCAACAGCCGCGAAGAGAUGGAAGUUCACCGGAAGAACCACUACGCCUUCCACUGCCAGGACUGCGACUUUGUCUGCUCCAACAAGCACGUCUUCCGCAAGCACAAGAAGCGAGGCCAUCCGGGCAAAGAGGAGUUAGUGUGCCUCUUCUGCCCUUACAAGAGCUUUAACCCAGUGGAGUACGCUGACCACGUGGGCAAGAUGCACGCCAAUGAGAAGAUUCACCGCUGCCGAGACUGUGACUUUGCCACCGCUCACAAGAGGGUCCUGAUGCGUCACAUGCUGCUGCACACAGGUGAGAAGCCGCACAAGUGCAGCCAGUGUGACUUCAUGUGCAGAGACAUCAGCUACCUCUCCAAACACAUGCUGACGCACUCCACGGACAAGAACUACAUGUGCACAGAAUGCGGGUACAUCACCAAGUGGAAGCACUACCUGAACGUGCACAUGCGCAAACACAGCGGCGACCUCCGCUACCAUUGCAACCAGUGUUCCUAUCGCUGUCACCGUGCAGACCAGCUCAGCAGCCAUAAGCUCCGGCACCAGGGGAAGACUCUCAUCUGUGAGAUCUGUGGAUUCGGGUGCAAGCGUAAGACCGAGCUGCAGAAUCACAUGCAAGUGAAGCAUUCUCAGUCCAGCCAGAUCACCACGUACCAAUGCCAGCACUGCAACUAUCAGACAAAGUACAAGCAGACGUUGCGCAACCACGAGAACAGCAAGCACACCAAGCACAGAGAGUUUCGCUGCGCCCUUUGCUCCUUCCGUACGUUCAGUAAUACCAGUCUCUUCUUCCACAAGCGCAAGUCCCAUGGAUAUGUCCCCGGGGAUCAAGACUGGCUGGAGAGGUAUGCCAGCAAGCAGCAGGAGAACAACUGCAUGGACUUGCUAUUUCCUUACAGAGUAGAGGCUCCAGCUCCUAUCAAACAACUUUCUUCUGUUGAAAAACAGGCUCCAAACAGUAACGGUGCAGAAGCCGAGGAAACUGUGACUGAGCAGGUUGAUGGUCUUACUGAACCGUCUGGAGAUGGUGGCAUUUCAGUGGCAGAUGAGUCUUUACUGGCAGCCAUUACUCUGGAACCAGUUGAAACCUGCAGUAUAGAAAUGGAGGACUUUCCAGUAAGACUUGAGCUUUCUGAGUCCAAUGAACUCUUGGCCAAAGAGUCUUCUGUAGAGACUUUAGUUGCUUGUGAGGAUCCUAUUCCCACCAGGGAUGAAAUUCUCUGCUUCCCAGAGUCUUUGGUGGUGGAGGACCAUGUAAACUGCGGACAAGACUAUGAGGAGGAGGCAGAUGAGCAUGUGGGGGAUGAUCAGGAGAAGGUUGAAAAUACAGUCUGUGUCGCUGUGCAAUUUAACCAAGAUUCAGCGCUCUACGAAAUGAAUGAGAAAAGUGUUGAGUUGCCCGUCCAUGCUGAUCUUCAGCUCCAGCCUGGAGACAUCCCAGUAGAAGCGCAGGAGUCCUGGGCAGAUGUAGUGAAGGGCGGCGUCCAGCUGACCAUAAUAUGCGAGUCCAGCGAACUUCAUGAAAGCAGCAUCCAAGAAGUUGAAACCACCAGCGUCCCACUGGAUGAAGCAGUUGAUGAAAGUGGUAAGCCGGAAUCCAUCUUAAAAGCAUUGAGAAAGCAGGACAAGGAGCAAGCAGAAACACUGGUUUUGGAAGGGAGAGUCCAAAUGCUGGUGGUUCAAUCCAGCGCCCAGGUCUACAAAUGUGAGAAGUGUUCGUACGUCACGAAAAAGAAGGGAAGCAUCGUCCAACACACCAAGACUGGCUGCCACCUGCGCAAAUCUUCUCUAGUGUGUAAGGAGUGCGGAGCCAGCUUUAAACAGCAAAGGGGCCUUGACACCCAUGUUCUGAAGAAGUGUCCAGUGAGGCUCAAGAAGAAGAGGGCUUGUCUUAAGACAGUCAUGGAGGGAGAUAGUCUAUUAGCAGAUGGUCCUGCAGUCUUAGGCCCUGUGGAGGAAUCCUUAGAAUCUGACGAGCAUUUAUCUCCAUGUCAAUUUAUGGACAAUAUUUCAGAAAGAGCAUUAAGUAAUGAGGAAAUGAGUGCAGCGGUAUCUUCCUCACCCUCAGGUGACCACAAGAACCUGGGCAAUGAGAAGUACCGAAUUGAAGGAGGGAAGUUUCACUGCUUGUUUUGCUCCUACUCCUGCUCCAGGGAAUGCACCAUAAGCUGCCACGUCAACCAGAACUGCCGGGAGUUGCAGAGGGCUCCCUCUCCAGAAGGCCUACAGUCUGAGGCAACCUUGAAAAAACAGCAGAAGCAAAAAGAACUAAAGAAGAUUCAAGAAAUGGGACUCGUGCCCGAGAGCUCUUUGGAUGGAGACCACCACACUCCAGAGCUUGAAGGAAACAAAGUGGUUAGCAAGAACUUGCACGACUCCACCGUUACUCGUCGACUUUCUUGUCCUUCCUGUGCCUUUACUUGCACCCAAGAACGAGCCAUGAAAACCCACAAGAAGAAAGGUUGUUUAAAACCCGGGGAGCUCCAGUGCCCCUUAUGCUCUUUUCGCUGUAUGUCCCCAGGUGCUUUAAAACGUCAUCGAGAGCUGCACCAGAAGUAUUCUCAGAACAGAGUACAGCUGCAGUGCAAGCAGUGCGACUUCAAUUGCAAGCAGCCACGUUGCAUGAGACAGCACGUGCGGAUUCGUCACGAAGGAGUCAAACCUCACCGCUGUCGAUAUUGUGACUUCAGCACCACCAGGCGUUACCGGCUUGAAGCCCACGAGUCUUUGCAUACUGGGGUCGGUCGGAUAUCUUGCAGUUCUUGUAGUCGGACCUUUGGCACAAACUCAAAAAUGAGGCUGCACCAAAAGAGAGUUCAUGAGAAGACACCCACUCACUUUUGCAAACUCUGUGACUAUAGCGGCUAUAGUCAGAAUGACGUUGCCCGGCACAUGGGCAGUUGUCACAGUGGUGAAGCCAGCUUCCCCUGCACUGUUUGCCAGGCUAGUUUUAGCUCCGAGGCUGCACUAAAACAGCACAGUCUGAGGAAGCACCAAGAAAAAGCCACUCGCGAAUGUUCACAGUGCCAGUUCUCUUGCCACAGCCAGGCCACCCUACGAUGCCACGUUCAGAAGCAGCACCCACAGCUGGAGUGCAUGGUUUGCAAAGAAACAUUUUCUCGCAAGGAGGACAUGGAAGAACAUCGGAAAACCCAUUUCUCUCACCACUGCCAACUGUGCCAGUACGCUGCCAAAGACCGACAGCAGCUUAUCAAUCACUAUGCAGAGGAGCAUGAGAGCACCGCGCUGCCUGGUGGAGAGGCGGACGAGGGCCUCCUGCGCUGUCCUUUCUGCUCCUUCUCCUGUCGUCAUCAGCUUGUGUAUGACCACCAUGUCAAGGGCCAUGGAGCCACACGUGUUUACAAGUGUUCAGACUGCAAAUAUAGCACCCGGAAUAAGCAGAAGAUCACGUGGCAUAGCCGAAUCCACACGGGUGAAAAACCGUACAAGUGUCACCUCUGCACUUACGCCUGCGCAGACCCUUCACGGCUUAAAUACCACAUGCGGAUCCACAAAGACGAAAAGAACUACCUGUGCCCAGAAUGUGGCUACAAAUGUAAAUGGGUCAACCAGCUGAAAUAUCACAUGACCAAACACACAGGACUGAAGCCAUACCAGUGUGAGGAAUGCGACUAUUGCACCAACAGAGCCGAUGCCCUCCGCGUCCACCGGGAGACCCGGCACCGGGACGUGCGCUCCUUCAUCUGUGAACAGUGCGGCAAAGCAUUCAAGACUCGCUUCCUGCUAAAAACUCACCUGAAAAAACACAGCGAGGAAAAGCCGUACGUCUGCAAUGUGUGCCAAAGGGGCUUCCGCUGGCCCGCCGGCCUCCGCCAUCACUACCUCACACACACAAACCAGCAGCCGUUCUUCUGCCGGUACUGCUCGUACCGGGCCAAGCAAAAGUUCCAGGUGGUUAAACAUAUACAGCGGCAUCACUCCAAUAAUCCUGACCUGACGAAGGGCAUAGGGAAGGAGCCAUAUCUGUUCUCUGUCCGGGGCCGUGAUGCAACCUUUCAGCAAACUCCAGAAUGUGAUGAAGAAGGCGGAACAGGAGGUGGACACUGACCCUGGCGGACAGCAGCUCAGACUGCGGUUCUCCACAGCUUCCAUCACUUACUGUUACUUACCAAGAACAUUUUCCAUUGUUCCGUUUUCCGUUAUUAAUUAUUCUGCCUCCAGGUCGUUCACAAUACGUUUUUUCCCUCAAACUAUUUUUAUAUUAGGGAAUUGCUAGAAGAGCAAUUGCCAAUCGCCAGGCAGAAUCCCAAUGCACGAUAUAGACUUUGUUCUACAGACAGCUACCCAGAACCGCCUAAAUGAAUGUGCCAUUUUCCCAGCUGCCCUGCAGGUUUACGUGAGCGCACUCCCGCCUCGGAUCUUGAGUGACAUUGUGUUGUAUACUCCAGUCACAUCCUGUGCAGCAUUCAGAAUUCUUCUGAUUUGUUCUGACCUCGUGGGCUCACAUCCCCUGCAGACCUUGCUGGUUCAAUGUCUGUAAAAAGCAUGCUUUGUCUGAAGUUGUAGUUGUUGUAUCGGGCACUGAUCACUACAUCUCCCAGAUUGCAGCUCUAGAUGUGACUGGAGCAUUACGUUUAGAGGUGACGCAGCACUGCAGUCCAUCCUGUUCUAAAGGAAUUAGAAAAAAUCUACUUGUCUAUUACAUGGAGUCUGACUGCAGUUUCACACAGUACGCAAUGGUCGGAGAGCAUGCCCACCACACUCCCAGAGAAGUCAAUGAGUCUCAUCAUCAUAGUAACAUAGUACAUGAGGCCGAAAAAAGACAUUUGUCCAUCCAGUUUGGCCUGUCAUCCUGCAAGUUGAUCCAGAGGAAGGAAAAAAAAAACUGAGAUAGAAGCCAAU